AUGGCUGCUGAGAAGGAUGAUGAUGGUCUUCUUGAAGAGGUGGCAACUUCAGAUUGUAGCAAAGAGAGGUUAAAGAUGCCAGCGAAUAUUCCUGCCAGGCUGGUCCACACAGGAUCUGAGUGCACGGCUGAAAGUUUUGUGCACGCGCACCUUGCUGGUAACAAAUAUGGUGGCAACCCAAAUAAGCAGAAUAAAUACGAGUGGAUGGGACAGAAGGACAUCACUGGCAGGGGAAGAUCUCGUGUCACUAGUCCUCGAAAACAGAAGGAAUUACCCACAGAACCCCCUUUCACAGCCUACGUAGGAAAUUUACCUUUUAAUACUGUGCAGGGAGACAUUGAUGCCAUCUUUAAGGAGUUAAGCGUAAGGAGCGUUCGACUAGUCAGAGACAAAGAAACAGACAAGUUCAAAGGUUUUUGUUAUGUAGAAUUUGAUGACUUGGAGUCUCUUAAAGAAGCACUGACAUACGAUGGAGCACUUCUUGGUGAUCGAUCUCUUCGGGUUGACAUAGCAGAAGGCAGAAAGCAAGAGAAGGGUGGUUUUGGCUUCAGGAGAUCAGAUGACAGAGGAGGUUUCCGAGAUGAAGACUACAGUGACCGGUCUCUGGGUGGAUUUGGAGGAAGUAGGUCCAGAGGUGGUCGUCUUGGAGACAGACGAGGUGGCCGGACUAGAGAUGGACUCUUUCGUGGCUCCUCUAUGGAAUUCAGAGAGGCAACAGAAGAGGAACGGGCACAAAGACCCAGACUGCAGCUUAAACCUCGCACAGUCGCUGCCCCACUUAACCAGGUAGCCAAUCCAAACUCAGCUAUAUUUGGUGGAGCCAGGCCUCGGGAGGAAAAAACUGGACAUGAGGUGCCCUAGCUGACUGGAAUCAUGGAAAGUUAGGCACGGUACUUUCCAUCCCUACCACUCAACAGACUUCCUUUUGUCUACUCUCCCAACUCUCAAUGUAGUGGAUUGCAAUGGAUUUUUCUAAGAACACUCCAGCUUAUCUGUAUUUUAGCGCCUGCCUGGUACCAUCUUUUAGCAUUGAACAGUUUGCUUUCUUCAAGUGGUAGCAGCUCCACACAACAACAAAAAAAGUCUUUUAAAUGGUACUUGUGAAUAUUGCUGUACUGAGUUUCUCAGAAAUACAGAUUUGGCUGCUCAUUAGAACCUGAUGUUUUAUGAACAUCUUUCUCACUAAAUACUGUUGACCAACCUGCACGUAAUACUCUCUGACCUAAACAUACACGUGUGUGUAUUUUUUUAAUAUAUACUAGAUGUAUACACACAUGUGAACACAUUAUUCACACUCGCACUCAGAGAUAUUUUAUAGAUCUAAGAAUAUUGCAUACAUUGGAGAGAUACUAUUUCAAUGACACUGAAAACUCGGUAGCCAUGGGAUCAAGCAUUCAGGAAGACGUGGUGCAUUUUGUAUAGCCAGACACUGAACAGCAUACUCAGCUUCUACUCAGUGACCAGUUCCCAAUAGUUUUUCAACAUUUUGUGCUGUGGUUCUGUUGCAUAGGAGUUCCAAAAAAAUGACAAACAAAAAAGGACCUUUUUGCCAAACUGUGUAGUCCUGUAAAUAAAUUCAGAAGAAUCUGGAUCUAAUAAAUCUCAUUUUAACUAAAAUCUUCAGAAUAUCGGAAUUUUGAAGUCAUGUUUAAUGUGGAAAACUCACUUUUUAGACCAUCCUAGAUAAUUAAUGUCCCACAUAGAACUUCACUUUAA